UGCUGGUUGGGGGGGAAGGGCCUGAAGAGCUGGAUCUGAGAGCAGACAAACUUGCGUAGUCUCUCCACGGUCCUCGCUGUCUGCCUGCCUCUCUCUAUGGACGACUGGAGGGCACAAGAGGAAACGGGGAUUGUUGUCGUCGGGACCGCAGCGCUUUUCCAGGGCCCAGCUAUGAUUUAAUCUUGGAAAACUGGGCUGUGUGGGGGGAAAAGGAGAAGGGGAAAACCGACGGGAGCGUGAGAGGAGAUGUGCGGUCGGGCCGAGAUUGCGGCGGUAUCCCUAGGCCUGGACUGAGCAGAUUGUUCUAAAAGGAAACGGACAACAAACGGGGGAAGUGAACAUGGCGGGGACCUCAGGCUUCUUUUCAAACGGACCCGUCCCGUGGAUGGACAACGACACAGAGAUGAACAACCUGUACCGAGACCUGGAGCUCGGGACUGUACUGACACUGUUUUAUUCUAAGAAGUCCCAGCGGCCAGAGAGGCGGACAUUUCAAGUCAAGCUGGAGACCAGGACUAUUAUCUGGACUCGUGGCACGGACAAAAUAGAGGGAGAGGUUGACAUUCGAGAGAUCAAGGAGAUCCGUCCUGGACAGAAGUCCCGGGACUUUGAGCGUUAUGUGGAGGACUCUGCGACGCGGCUGGAGCAGGCUCACUGCUUCGUCAUCCUGUACGGCACCGAGUUCCGCCUUAAGUCCCUCAGCCUGGCAGCAACGUCAGAUGAGGAGAUGACCAUGUGGGUGAAGGGGUUAAACUGGCUUGUGGCCGACACACUGAAAUCUCCAACACCGCUCCAGAUCGAGAGAUGGUUACGUAAGCAGUUCUACGCCGUUGAUCGCAACAGAGAAGACAGGAUAUCCUGUAAGGAUCUAAAGAGCAUGCUGAGCCAGGUCAACUACAGGGUGCCCAACAUGAGGUUCCUCCGAGAGAAACUUCCGGACUCCGAGUUGAGAAAUGGAGACGUGUCCUUCAGCCAGUUCGCUCAGCUCUACCGCAGCCUCAUGUUUGAUGCUCAGAAAAACAUGGAGAUCCCGUUUAUGCAGAGGUUCAUUGACAGACCAGACCAGAAGAUCUCCCUCGAAGACUUUCAGGGCUUCCUCCUGGAGUCUCAAAAGGAAAUGUGGGCAGCAGACAACAGCAAAGUUCAGGAGUUCAUGUUCGGCUACCUGAAAGACCCCCUGAGAGAAGUGGAGCAGCCUUAUUUCCACCAAGACGAGCUCCUGACAUACCUGUUCUCCAAAGAGAACAACAUCUGGGAUUCCUCCCUGGACCAAGUGUGUCCUGACAAUAUGAACAACCCCCUGUCCCAAUACUGGAUCUCCUCUUCACACAACACCUACCUGACGGGAGACCAGUUUUCCAGUGAGUCGUCCCUGGAGGCGUACGCUCGCUGUCUGAGAAUGGGCUGCCGCUGUAUUGAACUGGACUGCUGGGAUGGUCCAGAUGGAAUGCCAGUCAUCUACCACGGACACACCCUCACAACAAAAAUCAAGUUUUGUGAUGUCUUGACCACCAUCAAAGAGCAUGCCUUCGUCACAUCUGAAUAUCCCAUCAUCUUGUCCAUCGAGGACCACUGUAGUAUCGUGCAGCAGAGGAAUAUGGCCACCCAAUUUAAGAAAGUGUUUGGGGACAUGCUGCUGACCAAGGCGGUGGACAUCGCUGCAGACGGCCUGCCAUCACCCAACCAGCUCAAGAGGAAGAUCCUCAUCAAGCAUAAGAAGCUUGCAGAAGGCAGUGCCUACGAGGAGGUUUCUACCUCCACUCCAUACUCUGAGAACGAUAUCAGCAACUCAAUCAAGAAUGGCAUCCUGUACCUGGAAGACCCCAUUAAUCAUGAGUGGUACCCUCAUUUCUUUGUCCUGACCAGCAGUAAGAUCUACUACUCCGAGGAGACCUCCAGUAACCAGGGCAACGAUGAUGAGGAGGAGCACAGAGAGCCGUCCAACGGUAUGGACCAGCAUGUGACGGAGAAGUGGUUCCACGGGAAGCUGGGCGCCGGGCGGGACGGGCGGCAGAUCGCCGAGAGGUUACUGUCCGAGUACUGCCUGGAGACCGGAGCGCCCGACGGCUCGUUCCUGGUCCGAGAGAGCGAGACCUUCGUGGGAGACUACACACUGUCUUUCUGGCGUUCGGGGCGGGUUCAGCACUGUCGUAUCCACUCUCGUCAGGAGGCAGGCAGCCCCAAGUUCUACCUGACUGACAACCUGGUGUUCGACACGCUCUUCGCCCUCAUCAACCACUACCAGCAGGUGGCGCUGCGCUGCAACGAGUUUGAGAUGAAGCUGACAGAGCCGGUGCCUCAGACCAAUGCUCACGAGAGCAAAGAAUGGUACCAUGCCAACCUCUCCAGGAGCCACGCAGAAAACAUGCUCAUGAGGGUCCCUCGUGACGGGGCUUUCCUUGUGAGGAAGAGGGCGGAGGCUAACUCGUUUGCCAUUUCCUUCAGGGCCGAGGGAAAGAUAAAGCACUGCAGGGUGCAGCAGGAAGGUCAGACCGUGGUGCUGGGCACCUCAGAGUUCGACAGCCUGGUAGAUCUCAUCAGCUACUAUGAGAAGCACCCUCUGUACCGCAAAAUGAAACUGCGCUAUCCCAUCAAUGAGGACACACUGGAGAAGAUAGGCACUGCUGAGCCGGACUACGGGUCACUGUACGAGGGCAGAAAUCCAGGCUUUUACGUGGAGGCCAACCAAAUGCCAACAUUUAAGUGCACAGUGAGAGCCAUGUACGAGUAUAAAGCCCAGAGAGACGACGAGCUCUCCUUCAUUAAGAACGCUGUUAUCUCUAAUGUAGACAAACAGGAAGGGGGAUGGUGGAAGGGUGACUGUGGAGGGAAGAAGCAGCUGUGGUUUCCUGCUAAUUAUGUGGAGGAGAUCAGUCCAUCAGCAGUGGAGCCCGAUAGAACUGAGAUGACAGAAAACAGCCCCCUUGGAGACCUGCUGAGAGGAAGUGUGGACGUGUCUUCCUGUCAGAUCGUUGUGCGUCCUGAUGGGAAGGGCAGCCGGCCUCAUGUCUUCUCCCUGGUGCCGAGCACCUCCAUGCGGACCGGCCCGGUGCUGGACGUCGCUGCCAGCACCCAGGAGGAACUCAAGGAAUGGGUGUUCAAGAUCCGUGAAGUCACAAUGACAUCAGAGGCCAAGCUGGAGGAGGGGAAGAUGAUGGAGAGGAGGAAGAAGAUUGCACUGGAAUUAUCCGACCUGGUCAUCUACUGUAGGCCUGUGCCAUUUGACGAAGACAAGAUUGGCACAGAGCGGGCCUGUUUCCGGGACAUGUCAUCCUUCCCCGAGACCAAGGCAGAGAAGUACGUCAACAAGAUCAAGGGGAAGAAGUUCCUGCAGUACAAUCGACUGCAGCUGUCCAGGAUCUACCCCAGAGGACAGAGACUAGACUCCUCCAACUACGACCCUCUGCCCAUGUGGCUCUGUGGGUCCCAGCUGGUAGCACUCAACUUCCAGACAGCAGACAAGCCCAUGCAGAUGAACCAGGCUCUCUUCAUGCUGAACGGAAAGAGCGGCUACGUCCUGGAGCCGCCCAUCAUGAGGGACGACAACUUUGAUCCCUUCGACAGGCAUACGCUACGAGGCGUCGAACAAAUCACCCUCGAGAUAGAGGUUUUGGGCGCCCGGCACUUGCCCAAACACGGACGCGGCAUAGUUUGUCCUUUGAUCGAGAUCGAGGUGUGCGGGGCGGAUUACGACAGUGCCAAGCAAAAAACUGACUCAGAAGCUGAUAACGGGCUGAACCCCACGUGGCCCCGAAAGCCAUUCGAGUUCACGAUAUGCAACGCUGCCUUUGCCUUCCUGCGCUUUGUGGUUUAUGAGAUUGACAUGUUCAAUGACCAAAACUUCCUGGCUCAGGCCACAUUCCCCAUUCACAGCCUCAAGACAGGUUACCGGUCAGUCCCUCUGAAGAACAGCUACAAUGAGGAUCUGGAGCUGGCUUCCCUGUUGGUCCACAUGGACAUCAUCAGUGGCCGGGAUGAAAACGGGGAGGUUCUGAGCCCGUUCAUCGCAGUGGGGGCUGCGUCAGUGACGGCAUCUUCCCCAUCUGGGCGGGAACGUUCGGGGGAGUCCGUGUCCUCAACGUCCUCCAACGUGUCCCCUGUGCCCCAGUCCCCGGCCCAGGCCCAGGCCUACAGGGAGGGCUCCUUUGAGUCCCGAUACCAGUCCCCUCUGGAGGACUUCAGGGUGUCCCAGGAGGCCCUGUUGGACCACAUGGACCCCCAGAACAGACAAACAAGGAUGCUGCGGAGGACCAGAGUGGGCGGAGAGAACCGUGUCUGAGUCCAAGCCAAUCAGGACACAUUUCUGUUGCACCCCCCCACCCGUCUAUCCCUCCCCCCCCCCUCCCCCUACCCAGUCGCCUCUCCCCGUACUGAUGAUGUCACUGACUGCUGUGAACACUGUUUCCAUGGAAACGCCCACCACCGCUUUGGCCUACAUUUCAGGCAGCUCUCUCACCCUCCAUUCUCCAAACCAACUCCUCUCUCUCUCUCUCUCCCCCUCUCUCCCACCGCCCAGCCCUCUCACCACUCGCCUGAUGGGAAGGAGGGACUCGGACACAAGAGUAGAGGGAGGACCGCUGAGAGGAAGCUGACCGUUGGGACAGGAAGAAGAAAUUGACAUUCAUGGGAGAACAAAAACAGGCUGGAGUAGAGUCUCGCUCUGGGCUGGUUGUGAGAGGACGGGCUGCCCUCUCUUGGUUUUAGGUGUGCCCAACAUCUGCCUAGUUUGGAGGCUAAGAGGAGGGAAAUAGAGAGUUAUAAAAGGUAUCAGUUUGAAACUGUUCCCCAGUUAAGUUUCUUCGCUCUUCUCUCUAUUAGUCGUAUAUGAAUAUAUGUAUUUAUUCCUGCUGUGCUGUUGGCCGGAGAACAGCAGCAGCUGACCUGCUCUCAAAGAGCUUCUUUCUCCAUGUUUUUAAUUAUUCUAAUUAUUUAAGCCUUUAAAACAUUCAUAAUGUGACUUUUCAUUUUUUAAAUGUAUAUGUGUAAAACACAAGGGCUCUCUACGGCUAUUGUAAUGUCUCUCUGCUUCAUAGAGGAAAUUACCGCCUCCAGUCAAACUCACACCAUAACCCUGGGGGAAUAUCUCACCCUUUUUUUGUUUAAGGCAUCAGGAAGAAGUCAUAGCCUGUUUGUGUUGGAAGAAGUGAGAGCGUAUUAUCUGCACACACAAACACACAUGCAUACAUUUUAUUUCUAAUUUACAUUCCAAGUAUCUGCACAUCAUUCUAUAUUCCUGCCUCACAGGCGCCUUUACAAGCCAGUCUGACACACUCCUGAGUUCCUCCUAUCAUCAAUCAUGUCAUCAUCACACUGUGAUGAAGCCGGACCAGGGAUACACGUUGUCCUACGAUAGGUUGAGGUCCAAGUGAUAUUUUAGUUUAUAAUGAUCAGGGUAGUGUCUGAAUGGUUACCCUUGAUUAGCGAAGACUUAGUGAACACUCCCGCAGGACUAAUCCUUACCUAAAUACAACAAAAUGUUCCUCCUUACGAUUUUUAGCCUGCAUUCUCUUCCAAAAUGUAAAUGGGCCUUAUUAAGUGCUGCACAGUCAUCUUGUGUAUCAGAUAGUUCAUUGGCUGCAAGGUUACGGCUAAAAUAACAAUACUGAUAACUGAUCAUUUCUAAAACAGCUGGUUUGAGGAACACAGUUCUAACCUCUCAUUUGACAUGAAACAUUGUAAAUGUGUCACUUUCAAAAAUGUACCAUACUGUAAAUACAGUCAGGCUAUUAACAUUGCAGCCUUUUGAUUAUGUGAUUUAUGAUUGAAUAUUUCAGAAAUGUGGAUAUUUUUACUGACAUUUCAGGCGUAAUAGAAUUUAUGGCCGCUUUUUAUUCUGUAUUUUUUAUUUGUUGAGCAUAACUAUUCCCAUACCUAACACAGCUCUUUGACUACAGUGAAUGAACAACGGUCACUGUUUCACAUUGUGAGUUUAAGUUUAAACAGAUGUCUCUAAGAAGAGGUUUCGAGGUCCAAAUGUGUUUUACUGCAACCGGCUUAUUUGUUUUUAUUUGUCAGGUAGGAGUUCCCUGUGUUUGAAAGGAAAUGAAGUGUUGUUGACCAAGUGGGAGCGUUUACAUUGCCGUUGUAAAGAAAACAUCCCAUAUACACAUCAUGAGAACGUUUUGAUGCAGCACAAAAACAUAAGGGACCUUUUGUGUUUGUGCUGCUACAGUGUUUUAGUCCUGGGGGAGUUCUGUCGCAGCACAAAGCUGCUUCCCAGAAAGCUUUGAGGAUUAAGUCGCACUGCUACAAUAAACAUUCAAUUGCAACGGCCCUGAAUUUAUCUGUGAUGAAAUGUGCAAAAUACAUGAAUGUAAAAUGCUACGUGUUGCAAUUCGUUCCCAACUUUAAAUUCCCUUUCUAGCUUCGACUCAUGUGUGUCUAACUUGCUAAUUCAGACUUCUCCUGAGCAAAAUGUUGGCGUGUUUUAAAAGUGCAGGGGUUUUUCAUGUCCUUCGUUUGUGGAGUGAGAGCCUCUUUGGGUGGAGUAGAGUGUGAGCUUCAGAUUUAGCAGUAGCUGGGCUGGUGUUAUCUUUCCAGGUUCGUAUCAGAAAGUGUUUCCUCUGCUUUUAUGUGAUGACUAUAUGAUGUAAACUCAGUAUUCUCAGUCAGUGUUUGACCACUGAGACACACCUAAGCCAUAGGGUAUGAUUUAUGCUAAGGUUAAAGCAGGGACAGGAGUAAAUACUUAAAGUCUCAACUACAUUCUUUUAGCAUCUUGUGUUUGCAGCCUCAUAUUGAUUCCAAGGCUACCCCAUAUUACAGUUGUUUUUUUCUUUCCGUUGUCUUUAUGGAGAGCUCUCCCUCCAAUGCUGCAUUGCUCUUAUCUGUGUACACAUCAUCACAGCCACAUCAUUCACCUCGUGCACAGCCACGCUACGCCCACGCAGCCGCUCUCACUUAUUCUCUCUGAUCGGCCUCCUGUCAGCACUGUGACGAGCGACUGCUGCUCAGUUUGUCGUACCGGUUAUGGCGGGACAUCGUGAACUCCCAUCAACCUGUAAAAUGGUCUCGAUCAACCAGACUAAAAGCAUCUCUGUGGGUGUGCAGGGUCCAUUAGCCUAAUUUGUUUCCACUUUUUCUUUGCUCCAAUUAUGUGUUUUGUUACCGACAGUCUCAUUUACUAUCGCCUUUCUGUAAUGUGCCUAAACUAUGGAGAGGAAAAGUAUUCAUUUUAAUUUUUCAUAUGAAACAUAUUAAAUCCUGAAAAGUAAAUAAAAUACUUACUACUUUA